ACUGCUGGAAAGGAAGAACAAGAAGAAGACAACCCGGAAACAAGGAGGCAUAUUUCUGUGGGCUCCACAUGCAUCCACAUAGUACUCAUGUGUAAUGUUAAUAGAGAAUUAUAACAGAGGGAAAACAGCGAUAUGAACAGUGGAUAAGUCUUAUAGCUCGUUAAAGACACUGUUAGAAGAUGCUGAGUGAUUCUGAGGUUGCAGAGCUGCCCACCUUCCUCACCCCCGACACACGUCCUGAUGUCAAAGGUCACACCACAGGCUACAUCCUGGGACUGUCCGGAAACAGGGAUGGCUGCCGCUUCCUCCGCUCUAAACCGGACAUAAUUGCUGCCCUGUUUGCUCUGACGACCGACCCCUCUAUUGCUAUCGUGAAGGACUGUUACCACAUCCUCAUCAACCUGUCGGCUGACGAGACUCUGCACCAGGUUCUGUUGACGGAUGUCAAAGUUCUUCAGGUGAUGUUAAAGAAGCUUCUGGAUCCAGAGUACGUGCUCUCUGAUAAGAUCUGCAAGAUCCUGUCCAACCUGACGCGCCAUCUGAAGACCUGCAAGAUCGUGUUCAAGGUCCUCCAGGAGGAGGUCGGGAUGGUGAAGCUGGUGGAGAUCAUCUGCACUGAAGGCUACAACAAAAAGGCGAACUUCCACUACCUGGGUACUCUGCUGUCCAACCUGACACAGCUGCCCGAGGCCAGAACCUACAUGUUGGACAAGGACAGGUGUGUAAUCCAGAGGUUGUUUCCCUUCACUCAGUACCAGGCAUCAUUGAUUAGGAGGGGAGGAGUCGUUGGGAUCCUGCGCAACUGUUGCUUUGACCACGCCCAUCAUGUGUGGUUGCUAAGCGACGCUGUGGACAUCCUGCCCUUCCUCCUGCUGCCACUGGCCGGACCAGAGGAGCUAACGGAGAAAGAAAACGAUGGUCUCCCGGUGGACCUGCAGUACCUCCCCGAGGACAAGAAGAGAGAAGAAGACCCCGACAUCAGGAAGAUGCUGCUGGAAACACUUUUACUGCUGACUGCGACCAAAGCGGGCCGUGACAUCCUGCAAGAGAAGAGCGUUUAUCCGAUCAUGAGGGAGUUCCACAACUGGGAGAAGGACGUCCACGUUACAGUCGCCUGUGAGAGACUCGUCCAGGUGCUGAUAGGAGACGAGCCGGAGGAGGGGAUGGAGAACCUGAUGGAGGUGGAGAUUCCUGAGGACGUGGAGGUGAAACUGACGAAGGCAGACGUGAAAGAACAAGAGGAGCUGGAGAAAGAGCAGGAGAGGAUGAAACAGGAGGAGGAGGAGGAGAAGAAGAAGAAGAGUGAGGCGGAGGGGACAGACAAAGAGCAAGAGAGGAUGAAACAGGAGGAGGAGGAGGAGGAGGAGGAGAAGAAGAAGAAGAGUGAGGCGGAGGGGACAGACAAAGAGCAGGAGAGAGGACUGAUACGAUGAAGCCUGUUUUCAGACCUUCAUCUACUGGUGACGGCUUUUUGUCAUUCAGACCGUUAAAUGUCCGUCACAUGUCAGACACGAAAGGACUUUUCUAGAAAGCCGCGAUGCUCUGAUAUUUGUCCGCUGCUCCACAGAGGGAGCGGGUUCCACUGCUGGAGCGCUCAACAAGAGUUGCAAAGCACGUGAUGAUAUAAAGGAAGUGUUUUCUGCACGGAUUUUAAAUCUUAAUUUGCUCUUGAAAGCCUUUUAUUGAUGUUGUGGGCGUGAGGGGUCACAGCUGCAAACAUCAGUCCACUAAUACAUUUGUCGAUCGACAGAAAAGUAAUCGCCAAAUAUUAAAUAAUGAACAACUGAUUUCAGAGAUUUCCUGCUUUUCUCUGUUUUAUAUCGUAUUGAACUGGAUAUCUCGGGGUUGUGGAACGACGAAACAUUUAAAGACCAGGACUUUAACGAUUCAUCUGAGAUUAAAUAAUGAAAACAAUAAUUAGUUGCAGCCCUCUGAGGGAUCCUCGCCUGCUUCUCACUCAUCCACUGAUUGAGUUUCCCACCAGUUUCAUCGUCUAUUAGUUCAUUAAAAAACAAUUCAAAGUUC